AUGGUCGAUCAGCAUCAGUGGGUAUCGCCGGUUCCUGCGUCGACACCUUGCGGAGGAGCCGACAGCAGUUGGAGGCUGCUAGACGUGAACCUCAUCAUCGUCGGCAGCGAUUCCCGAGCAGAGCUGGUGUUGCAGCGGCGGUUGGAUGCAGGAGGACGGGCGUGCCUCCUUUGGACGCAGCUGCCACCGCAGACCGUCCCGAAAGAAGGAGCACUCUGUGAACACGAGCAGGUGCCCUUCAAUCAGGAGCUUUUUACCUGGAAGCCACCACCAAGUUCAAGGCCAGGAAGCACCCGUAGUUCGGAAGCAACACGCUUGCGGCGGCGCUUUGGCAGCACGAACUACGGCUACAUGCGAUCAGGGCCCGAUGUGGUGGAACUUGAUGAUGGUGAGUGCUACGAGGUUGUCAUGGAAGGCCAAGAAUGUGUUGGCCUACGCGUGCUGCGUGAUGGUGCUACCUCGUGGCACGUAUCAGGUGCAGUUCUGCUGGUGGGACCUUGGGUGGGCAAUACCGAUCUCUCACUGCCGGAAAGGGGGGAAGCGUGGGCAAUGACGGUCGACGUGAGUGUGCAGCAAGAAGAGGCGAAGCCUCAGAUGCACAUCGAUGGAGGUGGCCUUCUUGUCACGAUUGUCUCCGCUGCAUAUUUCGCGUUCUGGAACUUUCUUGCCUAUCUCCUCAUCAACAUGCAUGAGAUGCAUGUUCGUUUGGAUGAUGCAGACUGGUGGUGGCUGGUGCCCCGUACCUUGACAGUCACGGGGCAACUAUGGUCACAGAAGUUAGCCGAUGGCCUUCUCGGCUAUCCGCAAAGAGCAGCUGUCACCGGUAUGGCUCUAAUCCUGGGAACCAUCGUAUGGUCUGGCUGGGAGCUGACAUUCGUCCUUCGAAGGAAGGGCUGGCGUUUGCAGUACUUCGUCAUGACAUGUAUCGGCUUUGAGAUGUCGUCGCUCACGCAGCUACUCCUGAGCUUCUGCAUGAGCCGCCGGGGCCAGGUAUCACCAUACAUGACCAGCAGAGUACAAGACAACCGGCGACAGGCACUGUGGACUGCUUUCCUCUUCUCCAUGAACAUGCUCUUGCUCUUUGCGCAGUGGAUCAUCAUCGUCGUGUAUGUUUAUCUAGACGGGAUGAGUACGAUUCUGGCGGCGUUUUUCCUGAGCUUAAGCACAUCGUGCUCCGAGUUGCUGGCAGUUGCCUUGAUGGAAACUUUAUACAUAAAGCUUCUUUGGCCACGUGCUGGCGACGAGAAGCGCAUCGUGUGGGGAGACCACCAGGGGCUUGUCACCUUCCUGAUUGGCUGGUCCCAUGCCAUUGCUGAGGGCUCGCGGCUUAUCAGCUUGCUUUGCGCUGCCAUUGGAAGCCCCCGCUGGCGAUGGCAAUGGCUCGGCAGUUUGCUGAUCAUGAUGCUCUGCAAUCUAGUAUUCCGGCAUGGAUACCAUGUCAGCGGCUGCCUUUGCCUGCUUCCACCGAGCAUGCGGCACCUCGUACAACCCGGCUGCUCCAGUAUGAUGCACCGUCAUGCUCGCCUGCCUUGUGGCUACUACCGCUUCGUUUCCGUCGGGUCUUACAUGCUUUGGCGCCUCCUGUGGCUAAGAGCUUCGCCUUUGUUCAACACGCACGCCCUGGUCCUGCUGGCUGCAGUGCUGAUGGUGGAGUUUGCAGAGGAUGCCAUCGUUUUGAAUCGCUGGCUGCCCUCGGACCCCUGGCGAGACGAAAUGAAGCACUUGUAUGCCCCGUUGCAUCCUUUUCACCCGAAGCAGGUGAUGUGCAAGGACCAUCAGGGUGUUCAUGUGCAGCUAGCGCCGCUCCGGCUGCACGGAACACGAAAGCUCGAUGGGCCGCUAUGUAUGACUCUGAUGCACAUUACGUCCGGGAUCAUGCUGGCGUUGAUGUGGUUGCCCCUGGGUGCAGGCUUCAUCCUGGGCAUCUGUUCCGAGCCCAUUCCCUCAUCAUUGCGACUGAGCGAUGCUUUCCGAUGGUCGCAGCCAUGGCAAUGCGAUUGA